CGGAAGCGGAAAUAGAACUGGCGCCGCCAGAGUAGCCGCAACUGCCACCGCGAUGCCGAAGGGACCUAAGCAACAGCCGCCAGAGCCCGAGUGGAUCGGGGACGGGGAGAGCACGAGCCCCACAGACAGAGUGGUGAAAAAAGGAAAGAAGGACAAGAAGACCAAAAAAACGUUCUUUGAGGAGCUGGCAGUAGAAGAUAAGCAGGCGGAGAAAGAAGAGAAAGUGCUCAAGGAGAAGGAGCAGCAGCAGCAGCAGCAGCAAAAAAAAAAACGAGAUAGCCGGAAAGGCCGGCGGAAGAAGGAUGUGGAUGAUGAUGGAGAAGAGAAAGAGCUCAUGGAGCGCCUUAAGAAGCUCUCGGUGCCAGCCAGUGAUGAGGAGGAUGAGGUAUCUGCUCCGGUACCCCGCGGAGGGAAGAAGAGCAAGGGUGGGAAUGUUUUUGCAGCCCUGAUUCAGGAUCAGAGUGAGGAAGAGGAAGAAGAAAAACAUCCUCCCAAACCUGCCAAACUAGAGAAGAAUCGGAUCAAUAAGGCUGUGUCUGAAGAACAACAACCAGGACUCAAGGGCAAAAAGGGGAAGGAAGAGAAGUCUAAGGGGAAGGUAAAGCCUCAAAAUAAAUUUGCUGCUCUGGACAAUGAAGAAGAGGAAGAAGAAGAAGAAGAAAUAACCAAAGAAAAGGAGCCACCCAAACAAGGAAAGGAGAAAGCUAAGAAAGCAGAGCAGGGUUCAGAGGAAGAAGGAGAGGAGGAGGAGGAAGAGGGGGAGAGUAAGGCUGACGAUCCCUAUGCUCGCCUUAGUAAAAAGGAGAAGAAAAAGCGGAAGAAACAGAUAGAGUAUGAGCGUCAGGUGGCUUCAUUAAAAGCAGCUAAUGCUGCGGAGAAUGAUUUCUCCGUGUCGCAAGCAGAGAUGUCCUCCCGCCAAGCCAUGUUGGAGAAUGCAUCUGACAUCAAGCUGGAGAAAUUCAGCAUCUCUGCCCACGGCAAGGAGCUGUUCGUCAACGCAGACCUGUACAUUGUGGCAGGCCGCCGCUACGGGCUGGUGGGCCCCAAUGGCAAGGGCAAGACCACGCUCCUCAAACACAUCGCCAACCGGGCCUUGAGUAUCCCUCCCAACAUCGAUGUGCUGCUGUGUGAGCAGGAGGUGGUUGCAGAUGAGACGCCUGCGGUACAGGCUGUUCUUCGCGCUGACACCAAGCGGUUGAAGCUGCUGGAAGAGGAGCGUCGGCUUCAGGGGCAGCUGGAGCAGGGGGAUGACACAGCUGCCGAGAGACUGGAGAAGGUGUAUGAGGAAUUGCGGGCUACGGGAGCAGCUGCUGCAGAGGCCAAAGCCCGGCGCAUCCUGGCCGGUCUGGGUUUUGACCCGGAAAUGCAGAAUCGGCCCACACAGAAGUUCUCGGGGGGCUGGCGCAUGCGUGUCUCCCUGGCCAGGGCGUUGUUCAUGGAGCCCACACUGUUGAUGUUGGACGAGCCCACGAACCACCUGGACCUCAACGCUGUCAUCUGGCUCAAUAACUACCUCCAGGGCUGGCGGAAGACCUUGCUCAUCGUCUCCCACGACCAGGGCUUCCUGGAUGACGUCUGCACCGAUAUCAUCCACCUCGAUGCCCAGCGGCUCCAUUACUACAGGGGCAACUACAUGACCUUCAAGAAGAUGUACCAGCAGAAGCAGAAAGAACUACUGAAGCAGUAUGAGAAGCAGGAGAAAAAGCUAAAGGAACUAAAGGCGGGUGGCAAAUCCACAAAACAGGCGGAAAAACAAACGAAGGAAGCACUAACUAGAAAGCAGCAGAGAUGCCGACGAAAAAACCAAGAUGAAGAGUCACAGGAGGCCCCCGAACUCCUAAAGCGCCCCAAGGAGUAUACUGUGCGCUUCACUUUCCCCAACCCCCCGCCACUCAGCCCUCCUGUGCUGGGCCUGCAUGGUGUGACAUUUGGCUAUGAGGGGCAGAAAGCACUCUUUAAGAACCUGGAUUUUGGCAUCGACAUGGACUCAAGGAUCUGCAUCGUGGGCCCUAAUGGAGUGGGGAAGAGCACGCUGCUCCUGCUGCUGACGGGCAAGCUGACGCCGACUCGUGGGGAAAUGAGAAAGAACCACCGGCUGAAAAUCGGCUUCUUCAACCAGCAGUAUGCAGAGCAGCUGCGCAUGGAGGAGACGCCCACUGAGUACCUGCAGCGGGGCUUCAACCUGCCCUACCAGGACGCCCGGAAGUGCCUGGGUCGCUUUGGCCUUGAGAGUCACGCCCACACCAUCCAGAUAUGCAAACUCUCUGGUGGCCAGAAAGCCCGAGUUGUGUUUGCAGAGCUCGCAUGUCGGGAGCCCGAUGUCCUCAUCUUGGACGAGCCCACCAAUAAUCUGGACAUCGAGUCCAUUGAUGCCCUGGGGGAGGCCAUCAACGAAUACAAGGGCGCUGUGAUCGUUGUCAGCCAUGAUGCCCGGCUCAUCACAGAAACCAACUGCCAGCUCUGGGUGGUGGAGGAGCAGAGUGUCAGCCAGAUCGAUGGUGACUUCGAGGACUACAAGCGGGAGGUGUUGGAGGCCCUGGGUGAAGUCAUGGUCAACCGACCCCGAGAGUGAGCGUUCCUUCUGGAAGUCACUUGAAAGAUGAGCGUGUGUGGUCUCGACGUCCCUGUGUCUCCCUUUCUCCUCUCGGAAGCCUGGCCCUGGUCUGCAGAUGACCCAGCAACUGGACAUGUGAUGGCACAGCGUGGUCCUGAUGGGACCCGGAUUCCACUUUGCUUCCUUUUCUCUGCAAGAGUUGUGUUUUUGCUGCUUCAGACAACUGGGACUUAGCCUUACCCUUGACAUCCCUGUGUUCACACAGAGGCGAACUUCAUCAUUGUGGGGUUCCAUCUAGCCGCAUUUAUGUGGCUACUUGUCUUGAGACUCUCUUGUCACUCAGAAGCCCACCCCUGGUCCAUGCUGAAACUUCAGGCUCAGCUGCCCCAGUCUUCGAGGGUGCUGCCUUUCGGGUGGGCUUAAUGCUGGCUGGCUGAAACAGCUCCGGGCUGCAGGAGAGCUCUGAGGCCUGUGCCGUUAACCCAGGAUUAGUGCUGUUGUCUCGUGUCUGGUGGGGACUUGGGGCAGGAAGGUGUGCUGCUCAACUGAAUCUCCUCCACCGGGAAAUAAAGGAGUUGCUGCCACCCGUCACUCUGGAGAUCUGUGGAAGCUGGAAAAGUCUUGA